AUGGAUGCUAGAUUGUUACGGAGGAUUCAAAAGAAACGAGACGAAUUUGCACGUUUACCGCACACCUCUUCUCUGAAAAGGGCUAUGCGUGAAAGCUACUUCCUUCACAUCUACCAUACAGUAGCGAUAGAAGGAAAUACGCUAUCACUUGGACAGACACGCUCGAUUCUGGAAUCUGGCGUGGCUGUUGCCGGAAAGAGUAUCCAUGAACACAACGAGGUUAUUGGAAUGGAUGCAGCACUAAGAUUUCUCAAUCAUUCUCUUCUCCAUAUGAAUGAGAUCACUUUAGAUGACAUAUUGGAAAUGCACAGGAGAGUGUUGGGAAACGCUAAUCCUAUCGAUGCAGGACAUAUACGAAAAACUCAGGUUUUUGUUGGCCACUUUACGCCAGUAGGACCCGAAUACGUUAGAGAGCAAUUGGAUGAGCUUGUUGACUGGCUUAGAGAUUCUUCAACAAUGGAAAUGGACCCAGUUGAGAGAGCUGCCAUUGCUCACUACAGGCUUGUUGUAAUUCAUCCGUUUGUGGACGGCAAUGGACGUACAGCGCGUCUUCUCUUAAACUUGAUUCUUAUGAGGGCUGGCUUUCCACCCGUUAUAUUACCGGUGGAGUCGCGAGCUGAGUACUACGCAACCUUGCAUACAGCCAAUCUCGGAGAUUUGCGUCCUUUUGUGAGAUACGUGGCACGUUACACAGAGAACACUUUACAGGUA